GGUGGGUGUAUCCAGCCCAGCCGCUCUGAUGUUAGGAAGAAGGAACUCUUCCAUCCUACUCAGUCUGCUCUCUACUCUCCCUGCUCUCCUGUUUCAGCCAGUCUGUCUGCCCUCUAGCGUAGUACUCUCCUUUCACUCACCACUAUUCAUCACCAUCCAGGAUACAUGUACACAAACCCACGCAGGUAGACAGAAUACCGUCCUAGUGAACUGAAGAGUUUGGCUGAUAGAUACAGAUAUAUGUACAUUACCUUGGAAAGAGCUAGAAAGUGGAGAUCUGUAACGGUGCUGUUGAAGCUGAAGUUUUCUCCCCACUACAUUUUUUUUUUGUCCCAAAGGAUACCACACGCAGCUGCAGAGGCUGCCAGCUCCAAUUGUAGCAAACACAAGUCGAUGACUGAGAACUCCGCCUCCCAUGAUGGACAAGAAAAGUGCCAACGGCUUUCAGACCAAGGCCAGUGAGGGCAGUGUUCAGAGGAAGCAGCUGCCCUACUCAGUGGAAACUCCCUAUGGCUUCCACCUGGACCUGGACUUCCUCAAGUAUGUUGACGACAUUGAAAAAGGCAACACUAUUAAAAGGGUCCACAUUCAGCGUAGGGUCAAGGGCCCAGCCAAAUUCAGCACGCUUCCCAGAAAUUUCAGCCUUCCUGGGCAUGGGGCCAGGCCUGCCCCUAAGGACAGCACAUGGUCUGGGACGUCCACCCUGGGGCCCAAGCCUAAAUCACGGGUGACAGAGGUCCAACAGAUCUUCGACUUCAGGGCAAGUGAAGGGGGAACUUCCAGCCAGAGCAGCAGGGGGACAACCAGUCAGGGAGCUGGCUACAUUUCAGCAAAGCCCAGAGAUGAAGUAGGAGCUGGGGCUCGGGCUGUUGAAGAGAACACUGUAGGGAUUCAAAGUCGUCCGAACCUGCUCCGAGCAUCAAGCAUGCCCAUCACCCUACAGCAGCGGAAAGGUUCUGAUUCAAGCAGUCCAGACCGUACCGUGGGAACACCGGAGAGUGGCUCAACAGAGAACGUGUUCCGUCCUUCACCGGACAUAACAGAGAGACGGUGUGUUCCUCAGGAUCGGACAGGGCUUCACCAGCAGAUCACAGUGGCACUGAAGCGGGUCAGAGAGCUGGAAGAGCAGGUCAAAACCAUUCCAGAACUAAAGGCACAGAUCAGCUCACUGAGGAAGGAGCGGGAGAAGCUACUGCUUCAGGUCCAGGCCCAAGCCCAGGACCAGGUUUCCACAUUAUUCUCUACAAUACCACCGUAUUCUGAUUCCGGGACAUGCACUCAGCCACAAGGUCACAGACCAACAGAAGGGCUCAACUUAGCUUUGAUGAAUCAACCCACUGGAGGUUUAGAAGCUUCAGAGCGAGUGCCAACAAAGCUGGGAACAGGGAAAGUGAAACAAGGUGUUACAGAGAAAAGUAAAGUGUUACAAAAAGAGAUGGAGAUAAAUCAGGAAUCUUUGAAGAGUUCCUCAGCACAUGGAGAAAUGGGUUGGUUGUCAGAGCAAGAAUCGGUGAGACAAACACAGCUGUCAGAAAAAUCAGAUAAACAAAAAGAGAGUCCACUGGAGCAAGCAGUGCAAAAGCUAUCACGGGACAUUGCAGGACAGGAAUUAACAUCACUUAGGGUGGCUUUAAAAGAUGCAGAGACUAGCAGUAUUCAAGAUGGUGAUGCAGCAAAAGAAGGAAAACGUGAGGACCCAGACAGUAUGCAGAAUCUGCAGGAGAAGCUAAUGAUACUGGAGGCUAAACUUACUCAAGCUACCCAAGACCUGGAGAGAACUAAUACUCUUUUGAAAGAACAAAUAGAUAAGAACAAGGAAAAAGAGGAGCAAAUACUACAACUGAGUGAUGGAGUGAGAGUGGAGGUGUGUACACCAGAAGCACACAACAGGCCAAGAAGAGAGAGUAUUGACACAGGGACAGAGACAGAGAAAGUAGAUUUUGCCAACCGAGAGACAGAGACAGAACCGCCAGGGACAGUAGAUCAGGGAACAGAUACAGAUAGAAUCUGCAUUGAAGUGUAUUCACCCAAACCAAGGGCUGGAAGUAUAGAUCAAGGAGCAGAGACUGAUAAAGUUGACACAAACAAACAGGUGACAGAGGUGGAGGCAGAAGUAGCUGCUGUGAGCCCACCAAGAGCCAGAGCCAACAGCAUGGAACGUGGCACAGUAACAGAGAGGAUCGCCACACAGGAUCAGAUGACAGAGACACCUGUAGCAGAAAGGGUAAACCAAGUCACAGAAACCGAGGGAGAGACAGCAACAGACCAUCCGCAGAGACCGAGGGCCAGCAGUGCAGACCGCGGGACGGUGACAGAGAGAGUGGACACAGUGGACAGGGUGACAGAGACAGUGGAAGCGCAGAGGACAGACCAGCAGACUGAGACAGAGAUAGAAAGACGAGAGGAUAACAAUCCAGCCAGAGGUGGAGAAGCGAGAGAAAGUACAGGCAGUGAAGGAGUAGAGGAUGUUGGUACUGUGGUCAGCGAAAGACUGGAAGAUAAGGAAGCAAAUGAAAGACUUCAGAGAGAUAGUGGAGACAGUGAAAGUGUCACAGAGAGUUCAAUUACUGCUAUAGAAAGCAGGGUUGAACAAACUGUAGUUUCAUAUAUUGUAAGCCAGGAUGAAGGUGGUACCAGUCCACUUGUUGCAGAAGGAGAAAAUACAGAAUCUGACAUUGUAACAGUCACAGCACAGAAUGACUCAGAAACAAAAGAAAUUGAACCCCCAAAGAGUGAAUUAACAAAAUGUGUUGAAACGCAGCAGAUUGCACUGGAGACUGUAGAGAAGAAACAAAUAGCAGAAGGUAUGAUAGUUUGUGCAACAAUCAAAGAAACUGUGGUCACUGACACAGUUGUAGUAGUAGCAGCAGCAGAGAAUGCCGCUGUGAAGACAGUAGCUCCUGUGCGACCCUCGAGAGGCCGGAAGCUCUCAGCAGAGCAGGUCCAGCCAAUACCUCCUCAACUUCAGGCUGCACCUGUGCAUCCUCGUAGGGGAUCCGGUGAAACUCAACCCCAGCCGUCCCAGCACCAGACAAAAACCCAGCCCCAAGUGCUGGUACAGGAUCCACCUCAGCUCAAGGCCCACACCCCAACACCCCAGCUCUCUGAACCACAGUUAAAACACCAAGCCCCAUCUCCGUCUCAGGUUGAGGACCACACCCUAGCAAAAAGGCCUCCGGGGGAUUGUAGUGAGAAACAAUCUCAAUCACAACCUCAGACUGAGACCCAAGCCUCGCUUCCAGGCUCCAGAGAAGUCCAAACCCGUCCCAAAUCAAUUAAAGCACAGUCUCAAUCCAUUGCAACUCGACGGGACUCCAAAGAGCUUAAAGCCCCACAGAGGGGGUCCAGUGUAUCACAACCUCCUAGUCGUGGAUCAGGAGAAGCCCAGACCCGCCCAGCUCGCCAGGGGUCAUGUGACCCCCAACCUCAGUCUCAGGGCUCUCGUAGAAGUUCCAGUGAGACUCAACCCGUUGAGAAAGAUGCCAGCGAGACACAAUCACUGCGCAGAGGCUCCAGCGAAACAGCCCAGCGUCGUGGUUCAAGUGAAGCCCAGGCCUCACGUCGGGACGCUGGCGAGGCACAGCCUCCACGCAGAGGCUCUGGCGAGUCACCAACAUCGCCUGCAGCUUUGGGCCAAGUCGUAACCCGGUUAACAGGCCUUCUGGGCGAGCAGUGGGCACAGCUGGGGAGCAGCUCUGGAACUCAACAGACGGCCAGCCAACAGGAAAGCCCCAGCACACAGAAACAGACGGCAGGGAAAAGAGCAGAGGCAGGGAAAAGAGCAGAGGCAGGGAAAGGAGCAUCAGCCAAGCCUGUAGGGAAGGCAGUCCCUGCAGCAACAACAGGGAAACCAGCAGGAAAAACUGGUCCUUCCAAAAUGAGCUCUAUUCAAAGUCAGCUGGUCAGCUCCCUCAGUGUCCUCUCUGCCUUCUACUCACCAGGCCAGAAAGCUGCUGCUGCCAGCAAACAACAAGAACAAGGUCUCAAAUCUAUUAUGAAGAAAAAUGGUGUUGCUGACAAGCAGGGGAACAAGGGAGCCAAGAAAAACCUCAAGUUUGUUGGGGUGAAUGGAGGCUAUGAGUCGACAUCCAGCGAGGAGUGCAGUGGAGAUGAGAAGUCGAAGGUGGAGAUGGAAGAGGAAGACAGCUCAGAACCAGAGGUAGAGAAGGAAAAUGAGACAGAGCCUCAGCCAGCAGAGAAACCUGAGGAGGGAGCGGAUACCCAGCAGAAGGAUGCAGAGAAGGGUGCUGAGGAAGGAGGUGCUGUGGCUGCAGAGAAGGAGGGUGAAAGAGGCCUGCUGGAUCCAGAAGGCAGCCAUGAGCUCCUGGAAGAACAGGCUGAAGGGGAGAAAGUUAACCAGGGGUUUAUAGAUGCCUGCCUCUAUGUAAAAGACCGCAUGGAAGAGGUUUCAUCCCCAGAUAAAGAAAUGCGUCAGGUUUUAGUGGUGCUCUACCAGGAGUGGUUCAAGAUCUCCAGUCAGAAAGACUCGCAGGCCGAUACCGUUAGAUUAUACCUGCGACAAGUGGGCUUGACCACACCCACUCUCCUGCCAUACGUAGUUAACUUGACAGACGGCAAUGGGAAUAUGGCCCUACACUACAGUGUGUCGCAUUCAAACUUCCCUGUGGUUAAACUGCUGCUGGAUACUGGUCUUUGUGAGACAGACAAUGUGAACAAGGCAGGCUACACUCCAGUGAUGCUCGCUGCACUGACAGCUGCAGAGACCUCUGAUGACCUGGAGGUGGCACAACAACUGUUAAAGCUGGGUGACGUCAAUGCGUGCUCCAGACAGGCGGGCCAGACGGCACUCAUGCUUGCGGUGUGCCACGGCCGUGUUGCCAUGGUGAAGUUGCUCCUGAGCUGCGGUACGGAUGUAAAUGCACAGGACCGUGAGGGCUCCACAGCCCUGAUGUGUGCCAGCGAACAUGGACACACAAACAUUGUUCGUAUGCUGCUGGAGACAGGUUGCUGUGACACCAGCCUCACAGAUAAGAAUGGACAGACAGCACUGUCUGCGGCAGAGGGAGCCUCCCACCAAGAAAUAGUUGACCUUCUGAAGGCCCACGCUAAAACCCGGGCCUCUGAGGCCGAAUCUACCACAGACCUCCUCUGAGCCAGACUGACCUUGUUUACCUCUCCAAAUCACUCCACUUCGCCGACCCCCAACCCUUUAAUUUCCAAGACCCUCUGCCCACCAACAAAGAGGGAAAAGGUUGAAUUAAAGUAAUGGUGACACCAAACAAGACUCUGUAUGACCAGUGGGGAAAAAGAGGAAAAGCUCUGUUUACGUGGAACUACAUAUAAACCUCUGAGACUGGAGUGUCCAGUAACUUCCACAUCUCUGCCAACAUGCCCCGUGGGUGUUGGAUAUGCUGCAUUAACCACUCAGUGGACAGACAACAAAGGGCCAGUCAAAUUGAUGAUAGCACGUUGCCAUAGUGACAAGUGUAACUGACAGGAUAUUACGUAGGGCACAGGGUGGGAAUAUAAAGAGGGACCCGGGAUGGACAGACUGGCAAGUGGACGAAGAGAUACUCUGACGAACUGCUGCUUCUUGUCAUCAACUAGCUCUUCAAGCAAAAUACUAAGCACAUGAUCUACCUUUCAAAUAUACAAUAUAUAUGACAUUAUUUCUAUUUUUUUCUUCAUGGCAUUGACACCAUUCUUUUCAUAUUUGGACAUAAGCCAUUAUUGAGAACAUAGUAUAUGUAGAAUGUUAUUAUAACAGAUUAUAAUCGUAAAACAAACUGUAUUUUCUACUGCACUUUUUUUAUUGUGUUUGUGUACAGUAAAUAUUCCUCUCUAAUAUCGGUGUCCACAAGAAGCUAUAUAUCUCCAAAAGUGUGAAUUAUGAAAAUAGAAUAGAACUUCUGUAUUAAAAUUCCCAUCAUGCAGUGGAUAUUUGACAAUAUUUAAUGUAUUGUUUUGCCAUAGUAAUGAUGUUUUUCCACAUACGGGACAUGGGUGAUCAUCAUAUGUGAAUUAUUGAAAACAAAUGGUUUCGUUGGAGAUAAAAUGUUUCUGUUGGACACAAAAGAAUAGAUUUUUAUAACCCCAAUAUAACCAGAUUAAAGAAAGAUGAAAGUAUUCUAAUAAGAAGAUUGUACUGUUCAGAAGGUGCUGCAUGCCAAUACACAGUUACUUCCCCUACUGGCUGUCUUAUAGUACUAAACAACAGUAUGUUGUAAUACUGUCUGUUCUCAUUAUCAACGUCUCUCUCUUUCUCUGUCCCUCAGUUCAAAUAUAUUGUAUGUCUUGUUCGCCUGCUCGUUUCAAAUCAAAUCCUGUAUGCAACUGCUACAAAAUGCACAAUGAAUGUCAGGCUGGCUGUGAUACAUUCCAAAAAAAUAAUGUAGCAAGUCUAACUAUACUGGCAUGGAUAAUGGGACUAUCAGAGACAUACUGUAGGAUGUCAGUGGAUAUUGCAGACAUAGGAAUUAGUUGGAAUAUGUUUUACAGUGUGCGACUAAAGACAAGUCUGCCUGUCUUCAAGUUACUAACACUGGUCUCAUUUUGUUCCUGCCUCAAGGCAUUCAUAUUUUCAAAAUGGUAAAGAUACCAAAAGCAAUGUGUUGUUUAUGAAUGCCAGUCCUAAAAGAAGCAAUAUUAAUGAAAAACUACCUUUUCAAUCAGAAAAUAAGUAGGGGGAGUGGCUUGGCCUUAAUCAGAUGACCAUCCUACAUUUUAGAGAUAAGAUGUGUUCCAGGGAAUGUGGUGUUUUUCUUCCAUUUUCCACAAACACCCAUAUUCCUAAAGUAUCUGAAAACAGCAGUACUGGUCCGAUAAAAUGUUUACAACUUAACAGCUCCCCUUCAGUGACCCCUGCAAUAAAACCCUAAAUGUCCAGCAGGUCAAGAAGUUACCAGUUUCCAGAAAGCGAUCAAUCAUUUUACCUGUAAACAGGCAUCUGGAGGAGUGAUUUCAUCUUUCUGAAAAGGGACAUACAGUAACCAUACUUCAUUAUAUUUUUAAAGAUUACAUUUAAAUAGAAUCUUUCAAGGGGUACUCCAGCAAUUUAGUAUUGCACCUUAAAAAAGUUGGGGAUCCCACAAUGGUUAAAAUGAAAGCUCAGAGGCCGAGAUAUCCUUACUUUUAGUCACCAGUUUAAAGGCCUAGUCCACUGGUGCACCGGUAUUUUUGAAAACAGGGUGUUUACUGUCCACAUACUGUUUAAAAAUAAAAAAUAAAAAAUCUGUCCAAAUUUAGUCGCUGUCAAAAGCAUGCCAAACCAACAGGUGGUGAUAUAACCCUAACCCUAAAGCCAUGCUGGCCAAUCAGAAGCCUAAAAAAAAGCUAUUACCGGAAGGCUGCAAUGACACAUUGAUCGCUCCGUAGCACAUCCUCAUGCCUUCAGAAUAUAGUGGAAGAGUAACUUUACAUUUAUAUGUAAACAUGUAAAAAGUCAUGUUAGCAUGUUAGGUUGGAACCAGCACUAUUUUGGCCACAUCCGCCAUUGCUCACAAAGCCCAGGCACACUCUGGUAUUACAAGCCCAAAACUCAGUUUGCCCUGUCUACACUUCAACACUGAAAACUGGGUUUCUUAAAACCUGGAAGGAGUUUUCCAAAAGUGACCUAAAAUGCAGUUUGCGUGUGGAUGAAAGGACAAAACUUUGGAAAAGAUACAUUUAAAAAAAUACCUGUGUAUGUGUGGACUAGGCCUAAAUCAUGCUCCAAAAACACUAGAUACUCAAAUUGCCAUCAUGCAACCAUACCUCCAGUUCUUUACACAGGCUUUCUGUUAUAAACAUUUAGUCUCCAAGACAAGAUAACCCUGAUGCUGGUGUCUGGGUUACUUUUGUCUGACUUUAGAAAGCUUCUCCGGAGAAGACAUUGGACAACUGUUUUCUGUUUAACUGGGUUUGCUGGGAUUACUGAAGGUGGAAUUCAAAAGGGGAAUACCACUCAUUUUAACAACUGCCAUAAUAUCUGUGGUAUAUGAUGAUCAAGUCUUCAUUUACAGCCAGAAAACUUUCCCUUUCUACAGAGGCGAGAUUGUGGUCUGAGACUUGGUGGUCCGAGACUUGGAUCACAAUGAACUCUGGAGAGUCUUCAGUAUCUGUUUUUACUGACAAAUCAAACAUCUUAGUUAUAUUUGUUUGCUUCCGUCAUAAUGCAUUUUGUAUAUUGCCAUGCCUACAGUACUGUAUGUAGUGCUGUCUAACUUUCUUUCGGAGCUGUAGUGUGAUCUGACCAAUGAUGCUGCACUAGUGCUCUCUCAUUCCCAGACACUUUAUCAAUAUGGGUGCUAAUAUGGGAUUAUAUAGAUUGACAUAAAGAUAGACCUCUUAUAUAAAGUUUCUUGAUUACAUAGUAGUAUACACAAUGGCUACAUUUACUCAGAAACAACAGGACAUUUUCAACAGUGGCUUAGUAAUGAGAUCAUUUGUUGAGGCACAAAGAACAGAUUUUUCAACAAUGAAGCUGCAUUUACACAGGAUCAGAAAUAAUUUAUUUUAACUCAGUGCAGCACAUCUGAUCAUUAUUGCUUGUCUGUAUAUUAAGGGAUGGAAAAUGGAGUCUGUGUAGCUUCCCAUGUGUCAGACAGCUAAAGAAUGAUCCGAUCUGUGCUGUGUAAAAUAUCUGGUGUAUCUGGUCUUCCGUGCCUGUGUAUUAAAUCUUAAAGUAAAUCACAUCCAUAUGUUUAAUCCAGUGUGACCCAGAUGUAAUGUGGUUUCAUUACUGGCUCAACACCAAAGAACUGAAAGAUCUGUUUCACAUGGGGUUAAAUAUAUAGUUUUAUCUGUUCCUGUAAAUUUACCAAAAUACAUGUGCAUACAAUAUUGUGAAAAAUAUAUAACAAGUAUAGUCUGAAAGUUUGCUCUAAAAGUUAUAUAAGUAUUUAUUCCAAAUGCUAUAUUUUUACCAUAUAUAGUAUACUUAUGUAUGCAUGGACAAAUAUUCCAGUGAUUCUGUUGGAGGGGAAUUUGAAUGAUUGGAAAUGAUGCUGAGUGUUCCCUGAUGAUGUGACUAUUCACCUUAUCUUUGACUGGUUGGGUACAGUAUAGUACAUGUGUGAUGUUGACAAGGUUGUAGAUUGAGUUAUGUGCCCUUUAUUCCUACCUUUGACAUUUGUGGGGGAAAAUGUGAAGAAGAUUCAACACUGGCUAAAGCUAUGCGGGCAACGUCUCCCUUGUUUGGAUACCCAUCUGAAAAUUGAAGUCUAUGUACAGAGCAGAGUCAAAUGUAAAAACAUGUACUGUACCACUCUGUAAUAUUCCUUGUACAAUGGGCUUAUAUGUUGCAAACCAGAGAACUACUUCUAAAUAAAUAUAUAUGAAGAUUUAAAACGUA